AUGAAAAGAGGCGGAAAUCCCAAAAAGCGACCGCCUCCGUCGCACACCCCACCGGCGAGGAAGCAUCGAGCCACCGGUAAUCCGACUCCAUCUCCGACAAUCGAAACCCUAGAGGAUGAAUUUGUUGACGAGGAUGUGUUCAUGGACGAAGCCCUAGUUCUCGGCGAAGAAGAUGAGGAAUCCCUAAUUCUUCGGGAUAUGGAGGAGCGUGAAGAGGUGUCUGCACGGUCUUCGACUUGGUCUCCACCUCCUCUCUCACCUGCUUUUCUCUCGAAUUCGGAGAGUAUCAGUUGA